AUGUUGAUGCAGCCAAUUUCAUGGCCUGUUGCAAGAUAUUUAGAACUAGAUUCAGUGAAGGAACCAGGAUCUGUGACAGAUUAUUUGAACAAUUACAAAGAUGGUUUGGAAUCUGUAUCACUAGCACACCUGUCUGUUCCUGUUAGGUUUACCUUACCUCCAAUUAUCUGUAUCAGUGCUCAAAUACAUGACAGGAAAGGUUUUCAAUCUACGAAAUCCACAUAUGAUGAUGUCACUUCCUGUAAACCUUUACUACAGAGUGUAGGUUUACACCAUUCAUUUAGUAGCUCUAGUGGUCGCUCUUCUCCUACCUCCUCAGAUCAUACAGUUACACCUGGAUUAUCUGGACUACAUGGUGGCUGGAUAACUGGGAAUUCAACAGAACGAAGCAGUCUUGGUUCAUCUUACUCACUUGAUGACAUAGACCAACAAGCCUCAAAUACAGUAACAAAACAUUUUGAAAAUAUCAAAUCAGUUUUAUUUGAGGGAGAGAAUUCACUUCCUUCAUCAGCCAAUACAUCUCAGGUGUCUAGAUCAUCUCAAUCAUCAACUAUACGAGAAUGUCAGGAAUGGAGAUCACAAUUUCAUCAUCUCAGGUCUUUAGGAUCCAGUUGUCUGGCCCUGAGUAAAAAGGAUGAAGGAGUUGAACUUAUACCACGAGAAACUUCUCCUGGACAACAUGACACACCUGACUCUGAACAUGUACUAGUUGAAGGAAGACAAAUUUUACCUAAACAUCCUCCAACCGAUGCCACUGCCAUAAAAGAUUUUGACGAUGACACUCAUACUGGGUUCGAAUUUUUACGAGAAGAAAUAUUUGCUCAAGAUGGUGUGUAUGAGGAAAUCCUCGCCAUUGAUGAUGAAAGAAUAGAAGAUAAUGUUGAACCCAAAUUGACUGUGUUACCGUCUCGACGUAGAGUUGGUUAUCCCCCAAUAACGCCCAACGCCUGUAUAACUAAUAGUGUUAUGACUAGGUUGUUUGAUACACUAUGGAAGGACGUCUUAUUUUGGUCCUGGCCAGUUAUACAGAAAAAUUACCCCCAAUUCUUUGAUGAUGUGAUGCAGCAAACUUUAGAUGUGAAUCCGUCUUCACCACAUCAGAAUAAUCCAUCACCAGCCAAUCGUCAGUCUUCAUUUACAUUUAACCCUAGGCACUCAUAUUUAAGUCAGCGUGCCAACACUCAUGCUGGGGGUUCUUUUGAUUCACAGAAAUCUUUUGAUGGUAUUUUAAAAAUAUCUCAAAUACCUAUUAAUUCUAGGGAGGAUGGAAGUGGAAUAGUCCGUCCUGGAUCUAGUAUUCACUCUAGACAGAGACCAACUACAACAACUUAUCGUGUACUGUCCAAAUUCGGUGGGAAAGGCAGCAGAUUACCUCCCCUUAAUGCUUCAGAAAGAAAUAAGGAAGAAGAAACGCCUAUUGAUGCGUUACAUGUUCGAAGAUUAACUCUAUAUACCAGUGGUGAGAGUAUCUCCCCACCCCCUACAACCACAACAUAUCAACGGAAUGGUGCUCUCCCUCCUCUACAUGUUGAGAAGGAGCGAAAGAAUUAUAAUCGUGCUAGUAGUGCUGUAGAUAAUAAAGAUGGUAGAAAUUAUUACAAUAAUAGAAAUUACCUCCCCUUUGAUCAACGUCCUAGUACCACACAUGCUAUGAGAACAGAUAAUUUAACAUUAUUCAGAAGAUCGUCCACACCACAAAAUCAGAACCAAUUUAUGGGAGGUCGUCAGUUAAAUAUUACAGGUAAAAAUCUUCAACCAUCAGGUGAAUAUCCUCACAUACAACCUGAUAUAGUUGAAGAUCAGGAGGGCUCAAUAGAGGAUGGAAUUUUACAGACCAACAAUUGGCCUCAAGGAAAUUCGUCCAAUAAUAAUCCGUAUAGAAGGAGAGCUCACAGACAUGUGAUUCAAACGUGA